GCCCGGGGGAGGGAAGGGGAGACGUCAACGAAGACCUGAGCUAGGCAAGGAGGGGCACUAUUCACGUCACCCCACCACCACCACCACCACCACCACCAGCAGCAGCUCUGCAUUAACCUCUUUUCACAGCCCAUUCCAACAGCAGGUUCCUGCUGCGUGCCUCCCGGGAGCCCGUGAAGCAAAACCCAGACUAAACUGGAGAGAUGGUAGCAUUUCAGUUUCUGGCCCCAGUAUCUGAGGAAACCAUGGGAUGGUCAGCAGGGAGGUGGAAAGAGUUCCGGGACUGGAAGAAGAGUGUGCUGUUUGUGUACCCCCCAACACACACACACACACCUGUGGAAACAAGUCACUAGCAGACAUCGGCAUGGCCUUGCGGAAGAUAGCGCUGCUGCUCAAGCCAGACAAGGAGAUUGACCAUCAGGGCAACCACGUGAUAGUCAAGACCCUCAGCACCCUCCGCAACUACAUUCUGGAAUUCGAUGUGGGAGUUGAGUUUGAAGAAGAUCUAAGGAUCGUGGAUGGACGAAAAUGCCAGACCAUAGUAACCUGGGAGGAGGAGCAGCUAGUAUGUGUGCAGAAAGGGGAGGUCCCCAACCGAGGCUGGAGACACUGGCUGGAGGGAGAGAAGCUGUAUCUGGAACUGACUGCAAGGGAUGCAGUGUGCGAGCAGGUCUUCAGGAAGGUCAAAUAGCCAGAGAGGAGCUGAGGGGCCCUCCAGACUGCACCGAUCCCCAGGCUCCUCCUGGGGAGGAGGCUUUGUACCCCUUCAAGCCAGAUUGUUCAGGUCAGCAGUCCCUUUUUUUGGGCCACUUACUCUCCCUCCAGGUCCCUCCUCCCUCCUCCCCAUGUUAAUCUAUAACUUGUAGCCCCCAGGCCAAAGUCUUUUGUCACACUCCACUGCCUCACAUCUGGUUCAAGGUCUGGCCUCCUGGAUGAAAGAAACAGGCAAAGGGGAAAGACCCCUUGAGAACAGUGGAUCUCAACUCUCUUCAUUUCAUUUGGUUUCUUCUUUUCCAUCUAAGAAAGAACUAAGCUUUGAGCAUUUGAGGACUAGUAAGAACUCUUCCUGGUGAAACUUCUGGAAAACUGAGUUGGGUUCAAGAAUGUAAACAGGAGCUACUGGUAGA